UGCUCCAUCUGGAAGCCAUGGUCGAGCUGCGACAAAAGCAAACCAGUUUCAUGUCAUCGUUUUGGUCCUGCAUGGAUGGACGUCUUCGCAGUGGAGGAUGCGGUUAAACAUCACAUAGACAGAAUUAAGGAUUGUGUUGUAAGAUGUGAUGAUGAAGAUACAAUGAGACAUCACUUGUGGGAGGAAGCCAACGAUGCUUUAUGGAACGCACCCGGAUAUCAACGCCAGACUUCCUUAACAUCGAGUUUCCCAAAAUUAUUACCGAAAUGGUAUCCUGCCGACCCUAAGUAUUCAUCAAGUUGCUCUUUCGACCGACAGUCUUGCACCGAUGUCCCCGACUGCAUCUGUCGUGUUGCGCACGUCACAUGCAAGACCGUGGUCGAAGGCGAAGACAGACCGCAAGUGAUUGAAUCAUGGGGGUUUCACGCACGCGUGCGGGACGUGUUUCGUAUGCUAUCUGUCCCAGGUGCUAACGCUAAAAUCGCACAUCCUAAAACAAGACAUAUCCACACCGAGAAAUGCGAUGCUGUUUGUCACGGUAUCAUGUGGUCACCAACACCUUCCUCGACCAAAAAGAAAACCACAAUCCAUUAG